ACUUGCGCCUGUGCUGAGGUCUAGGGUUGCACGGCGGCGACUUCACACUCAGCAGCAUGUGCAGCUGAGGGCUCAGGGCAGCCGUGUCCCGAGAGGCGGGGAGCGAGGUCAGCUUGGCAGCCACUCCCUCUCCAGCCCCGACCUGGCCUCAGGCAGCCGGUUCCCCAGGACCCUAGGAGGGGAUGGCAGAACAAGAAGCCACUGGGCUCCAGGUCCUGCUACGCACGCUUCAGAGCUGCUCUGACCGGGAGUCCAUCCUGACCAUUCUCCAGGUCCUCGGAGAUCUGCUUUCUGUUGGCACAGACAGGAGGAUUCGCUAUAUGAUUAGCAAGGGUGGCAGCGAAGCCCUUUUGCAGACCCUGGUGGACACAGCAAGGACAGCGGCUCCGGACUAUGACAUCCUCCUGCCCCUCUUCCGGCUGCUGGCCAAAGUCGGCCUCCGAGAUAAAAAGUUUGGACAGAAGGCGCUGGAACUGGAAGCACUGGAUGUGACGUUGAUUCUGACCAGGAAAAACCUGUCCCACAGCCAGAACCUCCUCCACUGCCUCUGGGCUCUGCGGGUGUUCGCCUCUAGUGUGACCACGGGAGCCAUGCUGGGAAUCAAUGGAGCGAUGGAACUGCUUUUCAAGGUCAUCACGCCCUAUACCCAGAAGCACACCCGAGUAAUCAGGGCAGCCACGGACCUUCUGGCAGCACUGCUGAAAUCCAAGUCUAACAGCCGCAGGGCAGUGAACAGAGGCUACGUCACCAGCUUGCUCAGGCUCCACCAGGACUGGCACCAGCACGACACGGCCGGUGCUUACGUGCCGAUCCGCCGGGUGCUUCUGCUCUGCCUCAAGCACAUUGCCGCCCUCCGGUCUGGCCGGGAGGCCUUCCUGGCAGCUCAGGGCAUGGAGAUUCUCUUCAGCACCACGCAGAAGUGCCUGGAUGACAAAAGCUUGGGACCCAUCGUCUCCGUCGUGCUUCAGAUCCUGAGGCAGUGCUACCCGAAAUGUCCCCUUCCCUUGGUCACAGCCAGCAGUGCUUAUGUCUUCCCAGUUCCUGGGACCACCACCUCUGAGCCUCCCCGUGUUCUCACUGAAGAGGAUUUUGAAGAUGAUGGCGAUGAAGAAGAGGAUAAAGACGCAGAUUCUGAAGAUGUGAAAGAGGAAGAUGAUGACUUAGAAACAGAUGUGAACAAGCUGAGUUCCAGACCGGCGCUCGACCGGCCUGAAGAGGAGCUGCUGCAAUACGAGGCCAUGUGUCUUGAGCUCUCCUGUAGCUUUGAGGAACUGGAGUCCAAACCUGGAGAUGAUUUGAACUCCGGAGGGACUCAGUAUGCCAACCACCACCACAUUCCAACUGAGGCCUCCCCAAAGCAACAUUGCUCGAAUAAGGACCAAAACUCCUGGGAGCAAGAAAGAGAAGACACCGUCCAGACUUCCCUUCUGAGCAUGGUGAAGAAAGGGAGGUCCCCUGUGCAACGAGCCUCCAAAAAAGGACCUGGCAUGCGCCCGUGCCAAAAUGCACAGUGCAGUGGCCUUGGGAUGGAUUCUUCUGGAAGUGAAAUCCCCGACAUUCAGGCUUUCCUCAAAGAGGAUGCUUGGGACAUAGAUAUGAUUUCCUGCCCAGCGAUGAAUGCCUCAUUUCCCAGUUUCACUAAGUCUAGAGAAACGGUUGAAGUAAUAGAUAAGCUUCUGCAAACACAUCCCAGGCAUAUCCCCUUCCACGACCCCUAUCUUUAUCUGGCCAAAGCCAGAAGAACCAAAUCUGUGGCCGACUUCAAGAUGAUGGCAUUUCCUGAUCUCUGGGGACACUGCCCACCUCCCUCUCCCCAGCCCCUGUUGGAACGCAAGUGUGGAAUCCAAAGGAUCAAGAUCUUUGAAGAUGUCCAAAGGUUCAUCCAGCCCAGCGAUGUGAUAAAUCAAGUCGUCUUCAGUUUAGAUGAGCCUUGGCAGGACACUGCUUCCAAUUGUCUACGGUUCUCCUCCAAGUUUGAGUCCGGAAAUCUUCGCAAAGCCAUCCAAGUGCGUGAGUUCGAGUACGACUUGUUGGUCAAUGCUGAUGUGAACAGCACCCAGCACCAGCAGUGGUUCUACUUUCGGGUGAGCCGGACGCGGGCUGCUGUCCCUUAUCGUUUCAACAUCAUCAACUGUGAGAAGCCCAACAGUCAGUUUAAUUACGGGAUGCAGCCGACUCUGUAUUCUGUGAAGGAAGCUCUUCUUGGCAGACCCAGCUGGGUACGGACGGGCUACGAAAUCUGUUACUACAAAAAUCAUUACCGCCAGAGUGCAGCUGUCGCAGGGGGAGCACCUAGGACGUGUUACUAUACCCUCACCUUUGCUGUCACCUUCCCGCACAGCGAGGAUGUGUGCUACCUGGCCUACCACUAUCCGUACACCUACACUACCCUCAUGACUCACCUUGAUAUCCUGGAAAAAAGUGUCAACCCCAAACAGGUUUACUUCCGGCAGGAGGUUCUCUGCCAGACGCUAGGAGGGAAUUCCUGUCCGCUGGUGACCAUCACGGCCAUGCCCGAGUCAGACAGCACUGACCAUCUAGAGCAAUUCCGGCAGCGUCCUUACCAGAUGAUCACCGCCCGCGUUCACCCAGGAGAGAGCAAUGCCAGCUGGGUGAUGAAGGGGACCCUGGAGUUCUUGGUCAGCAGUGACCCUGUGGCAAGGCUCUUGAGGGAAAACUUCAUUUUCAAAAUCAUCCCCAUGCUCAACCCAGAUGGUGUCAUCAAUGGCAACCACAGGUGCUCCCUGAGAGGGGAAGACUUGAACAGGCAGUGGCUGUCCCCCGGCGCUCCCCUGCAGCCAACCAUCUACCACGCCAAGGGCCUCCUCUCCUACCUCAGCAGCACCGGCCACAGCCCAGUGGUCUUCUGUGAUUUCCAUGGCCACUCCCAGAAGAAGAAUGUGUUCCUUUAUGGCUGCAGCAUCAAGGAGACCUUGUGGCAAGCACAGUCCUCUGUGGGCUCAUCUGCUAUCCUGGAAGAUGUCAGCUACAGGACUCUUCCCAAAAUCCUCGAUAAGCUAGCACCAGCAUUCACAAUGAGCAGCUGCAGCUUCCUUGUGGAAAAAUCACGAGCGUCCACGGCCCGGGUUGUGGUGUGGAGAGAGUUGGGUGUGUCCAGAAGCUACACCAUGGAGAGCAGCUACUGUGGCUGCAACCAGGGCCCCUACCAGGGUCUGCAGUUCGGCACCCGGGAACUGGAGGAGAUGGGCGCCAUGUUCUGCCUGGGCCUCCUCAUCUUGGAGCUCAAAUCCGUCACCUGCAGCCGUCAGCUCCUGAGCCGUGCGGUGGCGCUACUGAAUGCUGAGGAGGACACCCUGGACCUCCACUUGCAGAGAUGCAGCAGUAGCAGCAGCAGCGGCGUCCCUUCAGAACUGGAUGAUGAGCCCCCCUGCAUGGAGGAGAUUGAAUACAGUCCAGACAGCAGCUCAGACCAGGAAGGCAGCUUCUCUGAGCUGGACCGGCAGAUCCAGGAAUGGGCCUUCCACAAGGACGAGGGACAGGAAGACGAGGAGGGGCCAGGACAGGGAAGAAAAGCCACCCCAUAGCCCCGAGGUUCAUGGCGAGUCCUCGGUCUCCAGCCAUUGGACUAGCAGCUAUGUUGUCGUUUCUUCGCCGUCAGACACGCACCAUGAUGGCAGUGCAAAAAGCCAGGCCACCUGAGCUCAGCAGCCCUCUUUUCAGAUUUGGUUCUAGUGUCCCAUGCAUAGUCCACAGAACAAAACUUUGCUAUAAUUUAGACCCAGGCCAGGAGCAAGGCGCGUGUGCUUUGAUUUAAGGAGCUGUUAUUAUCGCUGUCAUUAUUGAUGGUACCUUCUUUUUCCAACUCUUUUUCAAAUUUCUUUGCUAUCAGUCAUAAACCACACAUCCAUCAGUUAUAUGAAGGCAUUCAGAUGUCUGUAACAUACAUAAGAGGGUGUCGGGGAAAUGGCAGACGCAGUUCAAUUCAAGCUGACAACAUCCCUUAAUGUCUCCCAUAGUCAAUAUUUCCACCCCUCCACAGAGGAUGGCAUAAUGCUUCUGCUGCUUCACUGCUUCGAGUCAAGGAGAGAUACUGUUGAAAAUGUAAAUUCUGGGAGGCAUGGAAAUCAUACUAAUUUAUGAUCAGCAAUUGGUACCUUGGCUCAGUUAGCCUGUGGUAUUACCUCAAGGUCACCUUGGAUGUUUCUGUGAGAAAGUGACCGGGGCAGGUACCUUUCUGAUGUGAGCAGGAAAAGCCAGGAACAUGGCCUAUUUAUUGAUUCAGCCACGUGACACACACAUGACACACCUGCCGUGCGUCAUGCACUUCACUAAGCUCUAAAGAUGCAGAGGGAAAAGACCCACCGGUGUCCUCAAGCUUGCUCAUAGGGAGAGGUGAACAAUCGCAUUUUAUUUUAAUACAACAGCGCAUGCCAUGAUGGAACUGUGCAGAGGAGAACGUGGAAUGAACGGAUCUCAUGGGGCCUGCAGUGAUAGGAAAAGUCUACCAAGAGAAGAUGAAUUGAGGUGAUUCUUGAUGGACGUACAUGAGUUUCCUGGUCAAAAGAAAUGGGAAGAUAUGCUACGAACUGGGGAAAGUACGUGCAAAGGUCCUGUGAUGGGGUUAGAGCGGGACAUAAAAUACUUAGUGGGAAGCAUUGAAAAGAUGUUGUUUGUGUGCGGGGAAAGGAGGAGAGUGACAGGCGUUGAAAUUGAAAAGAUAGGCAUUGAUCUGAUGAAGCACCUUUAGAUGUGCCUUGAUGAAAAGGUUUGAAUUUGAGUCCGAAUGUGCUGGGGAGACAGAAUUGCAAGCAGAGGCAUGUCUGGGACAGAUGGCAGCAGGUGUGCGGCAGUACCGGUGUCCAUCUGUUCAGCACUGGCGGUUUGGCGUCUUUGCUUCGCUUGGUGGUUCGGUCGUCUGAGGAAUACCCUGGGUGUGGCAUUAUCGUACUCAAAGACCAGAUGAUGAGUGCAAUCUGGGGUCAUGCUGAAUACUGGGGCCCUAUCACCUGUGCAGGUGGGCAAGGAGUCCUAGAAAUCAGAGGCACAUGAGAAGAAGAAGUAGGUAAAGGAAAGAGGUACCGAGUGAGCUGGGGGCCGGGGGCAUAUCCCGUGCAACUGAGGCAGGUGCUGGUCAGCCGAGAAGCAGUUUGCUUGGAGGGAAUAGGGAGAUGGGAGAGGGAAUGGACUUUGCCUUCCCCGUGGGACGGAAGGGCCACUCCGUGUCCACCCCUCACCAGGGUGCAGUCUGGGAGCGGGAAGGGCUCGUUUGCAAGUCAACUCCGUGUCAUCCCAGGAGCGGCUCUUCCAGUCCGGCCAGAUGUGUCUCGUGCUAGCCAAACCACUGCAGUGAACUGUUCUCAAACCAUGUUCCACCCAACUCGGAGCCAAAGGAGAUGAUGCAAGAAAUUCAGGGAGUUGUUGUCUCUGACGGGAAGCAGAUGUGGUUCAAAGUGUGCAGAGGGGUUGCGAGUCCGAGAGGAGGUGUCGGGGCCAGCCCCUGUGCAUGGCUGUCCUGCACCGGCUGUGUCUGGGGCUCUGUGUGACAGGGCUAGGGACAGGGCCACGGGGCAGUGGGGGGCCUGCAGUGCCCUGGGGCAGCCUUGUGCACCUUCUGUGAUGGGCAGAGAAAAGAGCUCAUCUUUUCACGCGUAGGAUAGGCCUAAGGUGGGUGGAGAAGCCCAGGCUUCUUGGACCUGCUGAGGGUCACGCUUCCAUGGUCUCCUAGGGGGGGUCUGCUGAUUGUUCAUGACCACUCCCGGUGGCAGACACUUUCUCCAUAUUCCCACAGGAGCUAAGUCUAGAGGUCUCAGCAGUUCUGGACCCAGUCUCGGGUUCUGCUCUUCCCCAAGCUCUCCCAUUUGCCACGGGCCUUAGCUUCACUUUAUCUCAUCACACUUAGGAACACACAUACACACACACACACCACACACACUCACUCACUCACUCACACUCACUCGCACUGUGAAGCCACACCGCUCCCUGAACAGCCUCUUGGAUUUCCUAACCCUGACACAUUUCUCCUCUGUCUCUGACA